GUAGAGUUACAUGGUGUGGCCCGGCAAUGUGACAGAUGAUUUAGUGCGGGAGAUUAUAUGGAUGAAAAAUUACUCACCUGUCUUUAAAUCGAGGAAUUAUCGUUGCAUUUUUUUUUUUUUUCAAAUCUCUUUCUGUUAUCGUCAUUAUUUCUGAUGUAGUAGUCUGUUUAACUUUGAAAUUCUUUCAAAUAUAUUGCUGCGAAAUGCAGGGAAGCAAGCAAGAGAUGUAGUUCGAUUAUCUUAAAAUAUAUUACUAAUACUUGUGUUCAGCCUUUUAGCAAAACAUGUUGAUAGGAUGGAUGGAUUCAUGGUUUUUCAGACUGCUUGUGAAUUUGCUUGGCUAUGCAACAGUAGCCAUCCCUGGUGCAUUACUUGUUCGUUAUUUUAAAAAUAAAAAGACCCUUGAUACUCCUGAUACUUGCAUUUUCAAAUAUGUGAAACUCUUUGUUCACGGAGAGGAAGAUAUAAGACUUCCUGAAAUUAUUGGAAAUGCACAUCCUGCAAAGCCAAAAGCGUCCACUAAACGAAAAGUAUUUACUAUUCUGAUCUGCUUUGGUGGACUUCAAAUAUCGUAUUUGAUUUGGGGAUUAUUGCAAGAGAAAAUAAUGACUCAAAAUUACCAUAAUUCAAGUGGCGAAGUUGGAAAGUUUGUUGAUUCUCAAUUUUUAGUGUUUGUGAACCGUGUACUAGCCUUUGUCUUUGCAGGUACUUAUGUUUCAUUGUCAAAACAACCAAAGCAUGUAGCUCCUAUUUACAAAUAUUCUUAUUGUUCAUUUUCAAACAUUAUGAGUAGCUGGUUUCAAUAUGAAGCUUUAAAAUAUGUCAGCUUUCCAACUCAAGUGCUUGCCAAAGCUUCUAAAAUUAUUCCUGUUAUGAUAAUGGGCAAAAUAAUAUCAAGAAAAACUUAUAAAUAUCAUGAAUAUGCAACUGCUGUGGCAAUUUCUAUCGGAACUGCUCUAUUUUUACUGUCGGGAAAGAAAUCCAGUGAUAUUGCAACUACCACUACAGUUUCAGGCGUCACAAUUCUUAUUGCUUAUAUUAUUAGUGAUAGUUUCACAUCUAACUGGCAGAGUGCAUUGUUCAAGCAAUAUCAUAUGUCUUCUGUACAAAUGAUGUGUGGUGUAAAUUUCUUUUCUUGUAUAUUUACAUCAAUAUCUUUGUUACAACAGGGUGGAUUUGUUUCAUCCUUUAUGUUUUUAAUGAAAUUUUCAAAUUUUUUAUGGGAUUGUAUAUUGUUAUCAAUCUGCUCUGCUGUUGGCCAGCUUUUUAUUUUUUACACCAUAUCAGAAUUUGGAGCUGUUGCCUUUGUUAUAAUGAUGACUAUAAGACAAAUUCUUGCUAUUUUGUUAUCAUGUCUAAUUUAUCAGCACACUUUGACUUUAAAUAGAAUUUUUGGUGUGCUAAUAGUAUUUUCGACUGUAUUUUUACGAAUAUAUCUCAAUCACAGAACAAAGCAUGUAUCAUCGAAACCUAUAGUGGAAAAUAAUCAAAAAGUGUGACCUUGCUAUUUAUUUAUUUAUUCUAGAUCUGCCAUUGAAAAUUGUUUUUUAGAAUUUUAAAAAUUGUUGAAGCUUUUGAUAUAUUUUAUAUCAUCUGUUGCUGUUUGUGUCAGUGCAUUUUUUGCCCUUACCGCGUGAGUGCUGCUUUUAAGAAUUAUUUAUGCAUUUUUAAGAUCUUGUGUUCAUUUACUUUUCUUUUUCUUUCUUGUUUUGUAAAUGCCUUUAUUGUUGCUUUAUUUUUUGUAUUUUGAUGAGCUAAGUUAAGUUUUCUGAUAUUUUAAAAGGUGAAAUUUUUUUAUAUCAACUUCUCAAUUAUGAAAAUUUUGAAUUAAUAUUUUAUUUAAAAGAAUUUCAAAUCUGAUAUAUCGGUACUAAAUUAAAUGCUUAUAUUAACUCUACAUUGUACAGUGAUUCAUAUUUCCAUCAUUGUCUUUGCCAUUUUUAAAAUUAAAUUUGAAUAAGUUAAUAAUUAUUAUAGGGAAUUGUUUGCUUAUUGCAUUUUUAAUUUUUAGACAAGAAAAUUUUUUUAUCAAAAAUUAUAAUUAAAGUAUUUACGUUUUUUAAUUAAUAAACUGAAAUCAAACUAAAUCUUUUAUUUUUCUUUCAUUGCCAAAUUUUAUUAAAUAAAAAUUUGUUCAAUUUAUUUGUGGUAUUAUAUUUUUCAUAAUUAAAUUCAAAACAGAUGUCAAAAUAAGAUGUGUAUUAUUUUUUUCUCCUAUUAACUAGUUGGAUUGUGUAACUGGUGUUUAUUCUAGUAUUUAAAGUUUUUUGAAAAAAAAAAAAUAUUAAGAAAUUUUGAAAAUAUUUGAAAGAAAUAUUGUUUAUUAUAAUUAUGCACUAAUGAAUAUAUUAUAGUCAUGUUAAUUAAGAAAAUUAGGUAAAAUUAUAAAAAUUUUAGGAUGUUGCUUUUAAUUUUAUUAUUUUGAUCAUUUUUUGGAAAUAUUUGAUUAUAUUCAUGAUCAGUAAUAGCUCAGUUUAGCAAUAAAUAGAACUUUAAAGUGAUCUUAUCAUCAGCGAAUGAUGUCAUGUAUGAUUUGGGCUGUAGCAAGACUUCCUUCAAAUUAAACAAAUACUGUAUUACUUCACAUUUAUGCUCCUGUCUUUAACUUUUCAUCAUUUGCAAUAUUUUUUUUUAGUCCUGUCAGAUUUUGUGUAAGUGAUAGUUAAUAAAAAUGAUUUCUCACAAUUUACUCCCCUACCCCAAUUGCUGUUUCUCUUGGCUUGUAAAAAGUCUAAAAUAGUGUUAAUAGUAUACAACUUUAAAUAGAUUAACUCCUGAUUAUUUGCAGAAUUGGGUGGCAUGGCAACCAGAGAUAAUCUGAAAGGGACAGAAAUAGCAUAGAAUCGACAUGAAAAUCCUUCUGAGCAAUUUUUAUUUAUUGUAAGGGGGCUUAUAGAUACAAUUGAAUUAUUAUGUAGAAGGAUUGCACUAAUUUGAUAUAGGCAGUUUGAAUAUACAAAUAUAAUUCUUCCAGAAUUGUUAAAUUUAAAACAUGCCCUUGAACCAAUGAAAGUAGGGUUGUAUAAUACUGCAGUUAAACCUGUUGAGCCAAUGCAUUAAAAAUACUUAUACUAUUAUUGUUGUUGAUACAAUUAUGAUUUAAUAAAUAACAGUAGAUUUCAGUAAUUAAUUUGUUGGCUUGCUUUAAAUAAAAUUAAUGAUGAUUUUGUUUAUUUUGAGUUAAAAUAUUUUUUUUAUUUGCGAUUGAAGUUUUUAACCAUGGAAAACUGCAUAUAAUCUGUAAAGUAAACGUUCCAUUUGCAGAUAAUUGAACGUUAGCAUUUCAUUUCAUUUCAUAAUGCAUAAUUUACCAAUAUUUAAAGUUUUAUUUAAAUAUAAAUUAUUUUUAACUGCAUUAGAAUGAUAUGCAUAGUCACUUUACCCAGCAUAUUUUUAAAGAUUGCAAAGAUAUGCUUUUAGCAACGCGUCUCAAAUUGUUAAUUUGUAAUUGAUUAUUAUUAUUUUUUAAAAAUUUAAGUUAAAGAUGUGUUUUUCAAUGUAGUUAAGUUUGUUUUUAUUUUCACUGUAAAUAUGCGUGCUGUUAUUCACAAUGAAAUAACAGGAAACACUUGGGGAAACAGUCUAUAUAAGAUCUUCAAGAAUGAAUGUGAUGGGUAUAUUAUUAUUUAAAAAAUAAUUCAUUUUGAAUUUUUUUUUUCUAUUGAACAGAAUGAAUAUAUGUUAGACAGAAAUUCAUGACUUUUGAGACUAAGUCUUGAAUCCCAAAGUCCAAUUUUCCCUCAAAGUCUUAAAUUCUCAAUUUCAGAAUUUGAGUCCCAAUUCUUCUUAAGGUAACAACAUUUUUAAUUCAAAAUAAUUAAAUGUGUUCCAUUUGAAGUUAGUUGCUCACAUAAAAUGGAAGAAAAAGGGGAGAGGAAUUUAUGUAAAAAUAAUCUUAUAAAGAAAAAAAAAAUGUGAUUUUUUUUUUUUUUUUUUUAACAAAAAAAUUAAUUGUUGAACUAAAUGUUCAUAUCUGACGAAACAUUACAUUUCAGAGUUCAUGAUAACAACUCAUUAUUUUUUAAAAUUUAAUAUUAAUUUUACAUCUCAAAUUUUUAUUUGGUGAAAUUAUUAGAAUUAUUCAGUAUUUUUUUCCCAGCAGAAAUAUUUGGAAAUAUUUCUAAAUGUUCUUGCUAAAUAUCUUCUAGAGAGUUUGUAAAAGAGUAUUCAAAAACAUAUAGCAAAUUGGAUGAUUUUUGAAAGUUAAAUGUUUUGAAUUUUAUUGAUAAAAUUGAAAGUUUUAGAUAUUUAUAAUGAAAAUUCAGUAUUAAUAUUAAAUUUUCUUGCUUAAUUCUGCCUAUAACUUCUUCACAAAUUAAUUAAAGUUACAUAAAAUUGAAAAAUUAUUUGAAAUCACAGAUUUGUCCAUUAGGAAUUUGUCUUAAAUCCUGUUCAAUGGAUAUUUUUUUUUCAUGUUUUUUUUUAUUAUAUAAAAAUAUUUGUUAGAAUUAUUUUCAAAACCCUUUUUUAUAAUUAUUUUUUAAUUGUUUCAAAUAUUAAUAAAAAGACUUAUAGUUAUAAAUUUUGAGAUGCAUUUAGUAUUGAAUUGUUUCUCUUGGGUUAAUUUUAUAAAUGUCCAGAAAAUAUAAAUUGAUAAUAUUUUAAGUUUACAGAAUUUGCUUUAAUAAAAUGAUCCAUUCUAUUUUAGUUUGCCCUUCAAUCAAUUUUACAUUUUUCCUCAAAGUUCCAAAUAUUGGAUUGUAUAUAUAUUGGAAGUCUUGAGUCUUUUCAGUAAAAUAUAUAGAGUUGUUUCAUUUAUCUGACAUUUCAGUGUAUGUUUAAUAAAUGGUAUCAUGCAUAAAUUGUCUAUUAAAAGUUUAGUAGUAAAUUCAUUUUUAUUGCGAUGCUGCAUAUUAUGUGAAUAUUAUAUUAACAAGGUACUUAUUAUAUUAGGAUUUCAAACUACCAAAUUUUAUUUUCUAUGUAUAUUAUUUACAGUUCC